GUUUCAGAGGAUUGUAAGGCUGCAGUUGAAGCCAUCUGGCUUGAGCUUUACCAGGGUUUUAUGCUGUGAGGCCGAGUGUGGCCUCCUGCAGAGGAGUAGCAGUGUAGCAGGUCAUUAUCUUCAAUCCAUCCAGUCCUGAGAGCUUCAGACCAUCAUGGAGUCUGUGGUGAGGGUGAAGAAGUCGAUGAGGACACCAAUUAGGAAGCUGACCAGCUGUGUGUCAGGGGUGAAGGAGAGGAGGUUGUGUCCCAAACUCAGAAACAAGACGGGUAGAGGUGGGGGAGGACGGGGAGGUUGCAACAGGUUUGGGAGAAAGACCCCUCCUCUGCGAAGUGCACACCAAAAAGAUCCUGCAGUCAUCCGAUCAUACCAGGCAGACAUGGAGAAGGAGAGGAGGCUGCGAGAGGCAACGAAUGCCCAGAAGAAUGCAGAAAGAGCAGCUAUGAGAGCUCACUUCAGGAGAAAAUAUCAGCUUUCUGAGGACUCAAAUGACACAAACCACCUGAGGUCUGUCGGAGGGAAAGUGUCACUCCCCCAUGAGCUGUCGAAGAUCAUUCACCCUGAAACCAAAAGCAAGGACAACGGCUUCAACCUGAUGAAGGCUUUCCAAGGCCUCAGUUUAGGAACAGUAACGCUCACAGGGAGGAAACACAGCAAGACAUCCACUCCUAUACCAGCUGCUGGGCACAUUUGUAAAGUCAUGUGAUCAAUACGUGAUCACAGGGAUGAUCAGGAAGCCGCCUUCUGAUUGCACAUGACCGCUGCUACCAGACAAACUGUCCUUCCACUUCCACACAAAUUCAGUCAGUUACACACAA